AUGGCUCGACAUGACUCCCUACUCAGCAACGGCGAAGAUAGCAGACCAAACCCUCGUGCAUACAUCACGCUCAUUACAAGAGCCAAUUACCUCGCUGGCGUCGUCAUGCUGGCUCAUACACUGCGAGAGCAGGGAUCAAAGUAUCCAUUGAUCGUGUUGUACACAGCUUCCCUGUCGGCGACUGCAGUCAAGGCUCUUGAACUCGAAGCUGAGCGGUCUGACUUGAUUCUCCGCAAGUGCGACUUGCUGAUACCACCAGCGCGCCAUCAGCUCAACGUCGCCGUCGACCGCUUCACCGACACCUGGACCAAGCUUCGUGUUUUCGAAGCAUUCAACGAAGGAUUUGAGACCUUGUGUUAUCUUGAUGCAGAUAUGAUGCUGUUUGGGAGCAUGGACGGCGUCUUCGAAGAUGCGGCAACGCUUCCACUCAACUUUGUUGCUGCUGUCCACGACUGCGUGUGCAGUCCCGAUAAGAUGCCAUGGACUCCGGCCAGCUACACCAAAGAGAAUUGCGCAUUGACCCGCCAGACUCAUCCGAAAGCUCUUCUCAAGUCACAGACGGUCAAGCCGGAAAGUAUCGAUACAUACCACUUGUUCAACAGCGGCAUGUUCGUAUUUCAUCCACGCAAGGAGCUCUGGAACGAUCUGCUUGACUUCUUCACGAUGACCGAUCUGCUCAGCUCGUUCAAAUUCCCCGACCAGGACUUCAUGGUACACUUCUUCCGCAAUCGAUGGAUGAGCCUCAGCUGGAAAUACAAUGCUGUCAAGACUAUGGCAUACCGCCACCAGAACAUCUGGCGCGAAGAAGGCAUUGUGUGCUUACACUACAUCGUCGACAAGCCUUGGGCGAAGCGCAUCGGUCAGGACGGAGUGGCGGGUUUCAAGAAGCAAGACGGAACGACGCAUGGCUGGUGGUGGAGCGCGUACGAGAACUGGGUAGGUGUCAAUGAGUGGAAAGCAAACUGA